AGAAAAAAAAAAGGUAAAACGAGAGGGAUAUUUUGAAAGGAUGGAAAGAAGAUAUGCACUGUUCUCCCCUUCUACGAUGACUCUCUCACAAUCUAUCUGAAAACAAUACACACAUUUACAUACCAUAUAUAUAUAUACUGUAAGUAUCUGAGUUGAAGCUAAAUUCACAUUGGAAUGGGAACCCUAUCCAAUUUCAGUUUCAUUUCAACACUUCCAAGUAGGUGUAAUUUCAGAAGAAAAACUCAGAUUAACAGUACCAAAUGUUUCUUGUGCGGAGAAUUUUCCUUGAAGAAGCGGCGGCGAUUGUUUCUGAAGGGGGAUUUUGGGAGGUUCAAUUCUGUAAUUAGGUCGUGUUACAAUGUCGAAGACGAUAGGAAUGAUGAUGAUAGGAACAGCACCGGCGAAAUUGAUGGCAAAGAGAAUUCAAAUUUGGCUACGAUGACGCAGGCUGAGAAGAAUUCCGACGAUAAUGCCGAUGAUUCACCGGCGUCUACAUCUUCGCGGCUACCGACAGUUCCACCGAUUGGACCUGUGUAUAGCAAUUUCCAAGUGGAUUCUUUUAAACUGAUGGAAUUGCUAGGCCCAGAAAGAGUGGACCCCGCCGAUGUAAAGGUUAUCAAGGACAAGCUUUUUGGGUACUCGACCUUUUGGGUAACUAGAGAGGAACCGUUUGGUGAUUUAGAAGAAGGUGUUCUAUUUCUUGGCAAUUUACGUGGAAAGAGGGAAGAUGUAUACGCUAAGCUUCAGCGCCAGUUAGCAGAAAUUAUGGGAAAUAAAUACAACUUGUUCAUGGUGGAGGAGCCUAAUUCCGAGGGAGAAGACCCUCGUGGUGGGCCCCGUGUCAGCUUUGGCAUGUUAAGGAAAGAGGUUUCGGAGCCAGGUCAAACGACCCUUUGGCAAUAUGUGAUUGCCUUUCUGUUGUUUCUUCUUACUAUCGGUUCGUCGGUGGAGCUUGGAAUAGCAUCGCAGAUAAAUAGACUUCCGCCAGAGGUAGUGAAAUAUUUCACGGAUCCCAAUGCUGUUGACCCACCGGAUAUGCAGCUCCUAGUUCCAUUUGUGGACUCUGCUUUGCCUUUGGCUUAUGGUGUUUUGGGGAUUCAGAUAUUUCAUGAAGUUGGACAUUUUCUUGCUGCUUUUCCACGGAAAGUGAAACUGAGUAUUCCUUACUUCAUUCCGAAUAUUACGCUUGGGAAUUUUGGAGCAAUCACUCAGUUCAAGUCUAUUCUUCCUGAUCGCAAAGCAAAGGUAGAUAUUUCGCUGGCCGGACCAUUUGCAGGAGCUGCACUUUCUCUCUCUAUGUUCACCGUUGGGCUGCUGCUUUCGACAAACCCUUCUGUGGCAGGGGAUUUGGUUCAGGUUCCAAGCAUUCUGUUUCAAGGUUCAUUGCUUCUUGGCUUUAUUAGCAGAGGUUUCCUAGGUUAUACGACUCUGCAUGCAGCAACAGUUCCAAUUCAUCCUCUGGUGAUUGCUGGCUGGUGUGGGUUAACAACAUCAGCUUUUAAUCUGCUACCUAUUGGAUGUCUUGAUGGUGGAAGGGCCAUGCAGGGGGCUUUCGGAAAAGGUGCACUAAUUGCUUCUGGUUUGGCAACAUACACAUUGCUUGGUUUAGGAUUGCUAGGUGGACCUUUGUCACUUCCCUGGGGUUUGUACGUGCUGAUAUGUCAGAGGGAUCCAGAGAAACCAUGCUUGAACGAUGUAACAGAGGUCGGAAUUUGGCGUAAAGCGAUUUUUGUGUCGGCACUUGUACUUGUAGUGAUGACUCUUCUUCCGGUGUGGGAUGAGUUAGCCGAAGAGUUUGGUAUCGGUCUUGUAACUUCGUUAUAAUUUUUUUUUUAUUACAUUAUGAAUAAGGUGAAAAAUAGCUAUCUUUGUUUCCUUACGGCGAUUAUGGGUUGUAACCUGAUUGGAUUACCCUUAAAAAUCCAUGUACGAUAUACGUAAUUGUACAUACCAGCAAAAUACGGUCUAUUUUUGAAAUACCGAAACAUUCGAAUGAAACAGUAUUACUUUCUUGGUUA